GUUGUGUUUGUAACGGGGGUAUAGAGAGUAAUAGUAAUGGUGUUUUUUGUAGGCACUACGGAAGCUAACUCUGCCAUGGCUUGUUGGCCAAAGCCUAUGGGGACAUGUAUGGGUUUUUUGGAGUGUUUGGGGAUAAAUGCCGAAGCAUUUAUGUAAUCAAAACAAGCACGAAGGCAUUAUCAAAUCAAAGUUUGCUUGUCACGUGCGUUGAAUAUAACAGGUAUAAACCUUACAGUGAAAUGCUUACUUACCGGCCCUAACCAACAGUGCCAUUUUUAAGUAAAAAAUAGGUAUUAGGUGAACAAUAGAUAAGUAAAGAAAUAUAUAUUUUUUAAAACAACAGUAAAAGGACAGUGAAAUAACAGUAGCGAGGCUAUAACUCAUACAUGCAAUGUUAACUGACUGAUAUUCUAUGUAUGAGAUCUCCUGAGCCUGUGUUAACCUCAGACCUUAUUUUCUGCAUUUAUCCCAAAACGCUAUUCUUUCACCAUUUAAUUUCCCCCAUAGGAAUGGCUGAACGAAUCAGAGGUCAGAGUGUGUUUAUUAUGUAGUGUUGGUGUGUGUAACACAUUGGUGUAACAGGGAGUUUUGUGUUGGUGUGUGAUUGCUAACAUCGAGCAAGUCCUUUCCCUACCACAGGAUAGACAUGUUUCAGUGGUGGGAACAAUUCUAUAAUUUUGUGGAAAUGGUACUCCAUCUCCCAGAUUAACUCAAUUGAAAUGGAAUUGAACCCAAAUCACCUAGAUAUGUUGUUUUAUAUCUCCUAGAUGUGUGGUGUUUUAUAUCUCCUAGAUGUGUGGUGUUUUAUAUCUCCUAGAUGUGUGGUGUUUUAUAUCUCCUAGAUGUGUGGUGUUUUAUAUCUCCUAGAUGUGUGGUGUUUUAUAUCUCCUAGAUGUGUGGUGUUUUAUAUCUCCUAGAUGUGAGGUGUUUUAUAUCUCCUAGAUGUGUGGUGUUUUAUAUCUCCUAGAUGUGUGGUGUUUUAUAUCUCCUAGAUGUGAGGUGUUUUAUAUCUUCUAGAUGUGUGAUGUUUUAUAUCUCCUAGAUGUGUGGUGUUUUAUAUCUCCUAGAUGUGUGGUGUUUUAUAUCUCCUAGAUGUGUGGUGUUUUAUAUCUCCUAGAUGUGUGGUGUUUUAUAUCUCCUAGAUGUGAGGUGUUUUAUAUCUCCUAGAUGUGUGGUGUUUUAUAUCUUCUAGAUGUGAGGUGUUUUAUAUCUCCUAGAUGUGUGGUGUUUUAUAUCUCCUAGAUGUGUGGUGUUUUAUAUCUUCUAGAUGUGUGGUUCAGGACCAUCUCCAGUUAGAAUCCAUCAGCCUACGUCACCCUGCUGUAACCUGGGUGAUAUAGACCAUCCACACUUUCUCUCUCUCACACGCACGCUUGUACCAUCUCAGCUCAUCUCUCUCUCUCACACACACCAGUCUCUGAGACCCGGGCAUCUCUCUCUCUCUCACACACCCCAGUCUCUGAGACCCGGGCAUCGCUCUCUCUCUCUCACACACACACCAGUCUCUGAGACCCGGGCAUCUCUCUCUCUCUCACACACCCCAGUCUCUGAGACCUGGGCAUCUCUCUCUGACCAUGGACGUGUCAGCGCUGGGCAGUGGGAGCAGCUGUUCAGAGGAUUGUGUGGUAGGGUCUGGCUGUCUGGAGGACUGUGGGAACCAGAGUGACCGGACUGACUGGGAAUGGGAGGACUUCAGUGGGGCUGAGCUGGUGUGUGUGACAGCUGUGUGUGUGCUGCUGCUGGCCAUGGGCAUCACAGGAAAUAUGUUAACCAUCCUGGUAGUUUGGCUCCGGCCACACCUGAGAAGCACCACCUACCUCUACCUGAGUAGUAUGGCCGUCUCCGACCUCCUCAUACUGCUUCUGAUGCCUUUAGAUCUGUACUACAAGCUGUGGAGGUUCCGGCCCUGGGAUCUGGGUGAUACAGUGUGUAAGCUGAGUGUGUUCGUCAGUGAGAGUUGUACCUACUCCUCCAUCCUCCACAUCACCGCCCUUUCUCUGGAGCGCUACCUCGCUGUCUGUCGACCACUCACAGCCAAGACCCUGGUCACACGGACCCGCGUCCGCACUCUCAUUGGCUGCCUGUGGGUUGUGGCCGUAAUCAGCGCCGGGCCGGUGUUUGCUAUGGUAGGGGUAGAGGAGCUGGGGGGAGGAGAGGGGGAGAGCGAGUGUCGCUGUACGGACUACGCCGUCUCCUCAGGCCUGCUGGGGGCCAUGAUGUGGCUCUCCAACCUCUACUUCCUGGUGCCGCUGGGCAUUCUGGGAGUUGUGUAUGGCUCGAUCGGCAGGAAGCUAUGGCUCCGCCCACAACGCAGCAGCCGAGACCGCGCCCAGCGACACACCAUCAAGAUGCUAGGGAUGAUCGUGCUGGCGUUUGUUCUGUGUUGGCUGCCAUUCCACGUUGGUCGGACGUUGUUCUCUGUGACGCUGGGCUCCAGCGCUGAUAUGUACUACAUCUCUCAGUACUUUAACCUGGUCUCCUUUGUGUUGUUCUACCUCAGUGCUGCUGUCAACCCUAUCCUCUACAACACCAUGUCAGCACGCUACCGCCACGCUGUCCGCAGCCUGCUGCGCUCACACACACCCCGCUCCCGCCACCCCCCACUCACGCCACAACACUCUACCACCACCCUGUAACUCACACACACCCCGCUCCCUCCACCCCCCACAACACUCUACCACCACCCUGUAACUCACACACACCCCGCUCCCGCCACCCCCCACUGACGCCACAACACUCUACCACCACCCUGUAACUCACACACACACCGCUCCCUCCACCCCCCACAACACUCUACCACCACCCUGUAAC